CUGCAGCGUUCGCAAGAACAUGGUCCCCGUCCUCGACUACCUCGGCAAGAUCGGCGUCCGCCGCGGCGAGCUCCCGCACCUGCUCCGCCGCUACCCGCAGGUGCUCCACGCCAGCAUCGUCGUCGACCUCGCGCCUGUCGUCGAGUGUCGUCGAGUACCUCCAGGGGAUGGACGUCAAGCCAGGCGACGUGCCGCGCGUGCUCGAGGGCACCAUGAGCACCUCCGUCGCCUACCUCGUCGGCAUCGGCGUCGCCAGGCGGCAGAUCGGCGGCGUCAUCUGGGUAGCGAUUUCUGGUCGUGAAGGGGGUCGGCGCCGGCCGUUGGAGCCGAACCAACAGCGAAGCGGGCGCACGACCGCACGAGGGCACCGCCGUAGCAUCCGAUUCUUCCCACAUGAUCCAACCCCGCCUGCCGGCUCGGCUCAUGGGAUGGGAGCAUCAUCCCGCGGCCGCCCGCCCGCACCGCCGCACGAGCCGGGCACGUAACGUAACCUCGCCAACGGUCGCCCUCUCCCCGUUGCCUCGCCGUCUUUAUAAUCCCGGGCUCGUCUGGGCAUCACACACCACCGCCACAUCACUCUACUCCACUUACAUGUCUCGCGCUCCUUGUUCACACCAUCUCCCUUGGCUUUCCCUUCGGCGCUUCGAGAGAGAGAAGGAAGAAGGAAGAUGGCGGACGAGGGGACGGCCAACUGCAUCGACAUCAUCCUCGCCGUCAUCCUGCCGCCGCUCGGCGUCUUCUUCAAGUUCGCCUGCGGGAUCGAGUUCUGGAUCUGCUUGCUGCUCACCUUCUUCGGCUACCUCCCCGACAUCGUCUACGCCGUCUGGGUCAUCAUCGGAGGGGCUCCUCACCUCUGCCUGCCUCUAGGUAUGCAUGCCUAACCUCGGGGGAACUUGUUAUGUUUCCCGGGUAUUUUCUGUUCUGUAGAGUCCUCUACAGAAUUUACAAAGACAAUUUUUUCUGUAUAAAAACCUAAACAGAUAUAGUCCGUCGUGUGAACCACACAACAAAUGAUGCAUCUUCCAAGCAAAAGAAUUUUGCAAAACCAAAAGAGAAGCGCCCUGGCAGCCUCUUGUUACUCCCAUCUCUGUUCCAAAAACAGAGGAACCAUCUUUUUUUGGUUCAGAAAACUGCGAGGAAAAUCCUGAACUGACCUCUGCUUGCUCUGCUUCUUCUUUGUGCCACGUGAACCAUGGCGAACUUGUUCUGUGUCUAGUACAAGCCGUUUGUCUGAGACGCGAGCCACGGUUCAUGGUGCUGCCUACGUGUGUUUUGAUGCUGUUGUACAUCUGUGUUGUUGUCCGUGCUUGAUGAUUAGCCUCCUCUCCUGUCACCUUCCCUUCUCCAGUGUAGUGUAUCCAUUCAGUUGUGUUGUUCCUCCGCGCAUUUUCGUCGUCCAUGUACUUUGAACUUUGAUUAAUUAGUUAAUGAAUCAAUUGAUUGGUGGAGAAGUUUUCAGUUGUUCUCGAGCGUUCCUUGCGCAAUUUUCCUUCCAUCCGAUUGGUUUUGUUGGUUGGCGAGUUCCACGUUGCCGCCCUGGCUUUUACUAUUUCCAAGUAAGCACGUCCAUCACAGGCAUAGCGCGGAACACCUUUAAAGAAUUCUCAAUGUCACCGCACUUGGCAUACAUGUCGACCAGAGCAGUACCGAGCUUCAUGUCUACCUCAACCCUGUGGCUCUCGACAAACUGGUGUACCUCUGCGCCAAUGGUCAGCGCCCCCAUGUCGCUGCACGUCGAGAGCACGCUGACCAUGGUGAUGCAGUCUGGAGCGACGCGCGCCGCUCGCAUCCUUGGACCGACGGCCCUUGGCAUACACGGAGAUCAUCGAGAUCCACGAGAAGGCGUUGUUGGUUUUGAUCUGACGGCUUAAACAGACCCGUUAGAUCUAUUAGUCUAACAGAAGAAGAAAAAAAAGGAUAAAGGGAUAACGAUAAGUGAAGGGGUCCACGUACCAACGUACGUGAGUCUCGAUCAGAACUAACGCGCCCUGAUCGGGGGCGCCCAAAAACCAACUCAGGUUUUGGGUCCCCUGUCGCCAGCGCCAUAUUAAAAGGGAUACGGGAGAGAGCUGGGCACCUGCGAGAUCACAAUUCACGUAAGGUUUACUCUCCUCCCGAUAUUCUCUCACCCCAUCCGAUCAGGGGGAGUGCUGCAGCGACGGGAAGACCUAAGCCAGCCGCCGCCGCUGUCCCUGGGCAGUGCCGGUGGCGUCCUGAAGGAAUCAGGACGUCGAGGAGAACAUCUACUUCGACUACAUCACCCCUGCAUCACGCCUGCAUCGAGCAGGCGAUCAUGUCCACUCCCGUGACAUGUAAAGAAACCCUAAACCCUUCUCUGUUCAUGUUGUGAGGUGAUCUAGAUGCAAUUAGAUUCUGCUAAUGGCAUUUCAUAGAUGCAUAAUUAUUCCAACAAUGGUAUCAGUCGCCAAUCUUGAUUGCAAUAGAUCCAUUUAUUGUUGAUCAGUAGAUCACUAUCAUGUUUAGAUCAAUGUCAGGUCUAGGGUUCAUGAUCUAGAUUGAAAGUUUUAGCCCUUGGUUAGCCCAAAUAUGCAUGCUACUGCCUUGUUGCCCUCUGUAGAUCAUCAUGUUUUAAACUAAUUUGCUACGGAUCAGUACUGCCACCUAUGUUCAUCAAUUUUAAUUAAUCUAAGUUAAGAUCUUAUGCUCACCUUCAUGUUAAGUUGAUUAAAAUUGAUCAUGCUUAAGUACUGUUUCCAUAUGCAUUAGCAAAAUAUUGGGCAGAGGGAUACACCCAAGUCAACAGUAGCAACCCCUCAUGUUUAAGAACCCUAGAAUUUAUCCCCAAUUCGCAAGAACCCUAAUUCUGCAAUUAGGACUACUUUCCCCCCAAAUCAAGUACUAAUGCACAUGAAUUGGAGGAGAAUGAGGAGAAUCCUCACCUAAUGUGCCGCGUACUCGCCUGUUCCCUUCAGGGCCCGCGCAGCGCCCACCGUUGCGCGAGGGCGAAGACGCCGCGACGCCGCCGUCCUCGGGACAACGCGCGGAACGCAGUUGAGCCGCCGCCGCCUCCGCCCGAAUGGACGCGCCCUUGUCUUGGCCGACGCUGAGCAAGUCGCCGUUGCUCCUCAUGCCGCGGUGGCCGGCGUCCCUCCUCCCUCCUUGAUGUGUCAUCUGCACGGACGCCGGGGCAACGUUCGACGGGGGAGCGCGCGGGAUUCAUCCUGCUGCACGCUCCUCCGGCGAGCGCAGCCGCCGCGCCGCCAUGGCCGGCGCGCCUCGAGCCGCCGUAGUGCCGCCGCUCUCUUCGCGAGCUUGAGAUGCGGGGGGGUCGGGGGAACUGAGCUAGGGUUCUGGAUCGGGCGGCUGUUUUGUUCCGAUCGGGAGCGAUACGAACCGUCCGAUUCAAUCGAAUGGCUGUAAGCGACGCGCGGCUCCCAGCCGGGCCGUCGGGGGUUUUAACGGGCCAUAUCCGGCCACGGGCUUCAGCCCAGGUUGUUUCAGUCCAGCAAAAAAAAAAGCUACUGGACUGAGCUGCAUUUCGGACAGCCGUGGGGUUCUUGGGCCAAAAUCAGUGUCGCCAUUUUCUGUUUUUCCGGUGCGUUGAAGUCAAUAGUUAUUAUGUUUUUUCACCGUUUAAAACAGAAAAUGCAUAAAAAUAUAAUGAACACAUUAUUAUUCUGGGUAAAAUUGAACCAACGAGAUAUUUUAUUCAGGAUUUAUUAUGUGUUUUUGGAUGAUGAACUUUUUUUUUAGACAUCAAAUAAUGAUAAUAUUUUUUUUAUGUUGAUGUUUAAAUUGAGAAUGAAAUGACUCUAAUUUUAAUUCGGACCAACGUUGUUUUAUUAUUAUGAGUCAUCCCCUAUGAUAUUUUAAUUCCAUGUUUUUUUCUGCCCAACGGUGUUUUGACAUGGAGUUGAAAUUAAAUACUUGGCAUGUUUGUUUAUUUACCAACGUAAAUUUAUAAUCAUGCAAGUUUAUUUAUGAACUUUUAUGAUGAUUUUAGCUUCCACUCCAUUCCGGUCCGACACGAUCGAACCACUUACGGGGAGUAACUUCCCUCGUUGGAAGUCCCAAGUCGAAUUAUGUUUGGGUUGUAAUGAAUUUGACUAUGCCUUGAGGGAAGAAAAACCUGUGGCACCUAUGGCAGGUGUCACAGGGUAUGCAGAACUCAAGAAGGAGUAUGAUGUUAAGAUGGAAAAGUGGAAUAAGUCCAACCAUAUUGCGCUUCUCAUCAUGAAAGCGACAAUAUCGCCGGACAUUUCUGAAGCACUCCCUAAGAAAGAUACUGCUAAAGAUUUCCUCACUGAAAUGGAGGAGCAAUUUAAAGGCUCCGACAAAGUGUAUGCUCAUGAGCUUUUUGCUAAACUUCUUCAGAAAUACACUAUUGACGGAAAUGUUAGGCAGCACAUAUUGAGGGUGGUAAAUGCUUUCACCAAGCUUAAGGCUUUGGAGUGUUCUUUAAGUGAAGCCCUUCUUGUCAUAAUUAUUCUUGAGUCUCUUCCUGAAGAGUUUGAACAAUUUAAGGUCAACUAUAACUCUCUAAAGGAAAAAUGGCCACUCUCUGAGAUGACCGCAAGGAUCGUCCAGGAGGAAGAAAGGAUCAUGAGGCAGAAGAAAGACCAUGUCUUUCAUGUUGGCUCUAACAAGAGAAAGCAUGACGGACAAGGUUUCCCUAAGCCUCAGAAAAGGCAAGUCAAGAAAGAAGGCACUAAGCCAUUCAACCCUAAGGCAUUCAAGGGUAAAGAAGCCGGUGGUUCUUCUUCUGCUCCUAGCAGCUCCACUGCUGGAGAAAAUGCUUGUAACUUCUGCAAAGAAGAGGGACACUAUCAAAGGGACUGCCCAGGCUUUUUAAAAUGGAUGAACAAAAGAGGGAUUCGAUACGAUCCAAACCAUAAGAGGAGGAACAAGAAAGCUUAAGGUUGCGAACGGAGUUGAGGCCGAUGUUGAAGCUGUGGGAUCUCUCACGUUGGAGCUACACACUGGCCACACUCUUAGAUUGAAUAAUGUUAUUUAUGUGCCUACCUUAAGUAGGAAUUUGAUUUCAGUUUCUCGUUUAGAUGAUGAUAUGUAUGAGUGCCAUUUUGGCAAGAAACAAUUUGCUUUGAUCAAAUGUAAUAAGA